AGCCAAGGGUGCUACAAGGCUCCAAGGUCCAAACUCUGAAUCAGCACCGCCUCGCCUUGACCGGGCCUUUCCCACCGUUUUCGUGCUCUCCGCUGUCGCUCGUUGUUGCAUUCUGAGUAUCGUCAUGUCAAAGUCACAAAAAUAGCUGGCAAGAAAGGACAAUCCUUUUCUCUAGACAGACCUGUCGGUUGGGAAGGUUUGUUCCUGGCGAGACGUCGAGGUGCUGCCCCACAUCUGCCCCCAACUACUAUACUUGGCCCAUCAAGCUGUGCCGCGGCGUCCACUUCAUCGCAAACACCAGGCUGUUGGCAACACAGUAAUGUCAAUGUGCUUCUGCGCGGGGAUCUAGAGCAGAGACCUUCCAUCAUGUGCGUCACAUGAGAAGAAGCCAUGCCCCGGGUCAAACACCACCGUUCCUCGCGACGCGUACCGCCCCCCAAGGACAGCGACUUUGACCAUGAGAUCAAACUAGUCGACCAUUCUGAGGACGGCAGCACUCACGAGCCCCCAUCCGCAGGCCCGUCUUCUUCCCUCCAAGACACGCCAGCCUCUGACACCGCUGUCGCUCCUCCGGCGGUCGAGGACGGAGCCGGGCCUGCCACGCACGACACUCGAGACGGAGAGCCCGAGCAACCCCUGAUCCAAGUCGAGCUACCCACCCCGCAGAUUGGAACAGACCGUCCAAGAUCAGGAACACAGACAAGCAGGUCAAGAGGCAGACCAAGGCCGCCCGAGUCGGCCAUUGACAUUCUGUAUGAAAACCAGAGGGGCGGAUUCCUAUGCGGCAUACCGCUCUUCUCGUCCAGAGCGCUCGGCAACCUCGAUCCCCCCGCUUGGACAAACUCAGCGCAUCGGCCAAGCCCAACCGACAUACACACGGCGCAGGUACCGGAUCCCAGCUGGGAAUGGGCAUGGCCCGAAUGGAGGAUCAAUCACGAGGAGGGCGUGGACGAGGACGGCUGGGAGUACUCGUUUGCAUUCUCCAAGAAAUUCUCAUGGCACAAGGCGAAAUGGUGGAACUCGUUUGUGCGCCGCCGCGCGUGGAUCAGGAAACGGGUGAAGAAGGACUUGGACUACAACGGGCAGGACCCGUACAUGCUCAACUCGGAGUACUUUUCGAUCCGACCUUCCUCCGAGAUCAGUCGAGAGCGCAGCCGGAGCAGGGCAACCAGUGCCCGUGGAAGCAGAAUCAGCACAAGCACAGCUAACGUGGACGGCGCUGAGCAACCUGUAAUUGAGCAGGCCGACGACCUCUUGUGCGUCCUCGGACGUUGUCGAAUCGACCGGGAGCGAAUCGAGGCAGUCGAUAACUAUUUCCAAAACGCAAAAGAUGACCUGGCAGGCCUGCAGCAUGUGAUGCACGAUAUCAUGUCCCUCUUCGUGUUUCAAGCAUCACGCCGGGUGCUGCUAACCAGAAUGACGGAGGUUUACGACGAGACAACAGCAGCGCUCCAAAAGCAGAAAGAGGCGAGACCUGAGCUGGAACGCAGGGUGAAGAACCUUGACGCGGCUAUCAGACACGCAGACGAGGAAGUGAAGAGGCUCGAGUACUGGAGCGAUGUGAAGGGUAUGGCCGAGGAGGGAGAUUCCAGGGGCGCUGUUGACCAGGAGCAAGGCUGGGAUCCAAGCUGGCAAGGGUUGGACAAAUCGGGGCCUUCUGAGCCCGCUCCUAAGCACGCGGGCAAGCCAUGAGUUUGAGUACUUGGAGUUGAAGGCGGAUGCCUAAUCACCUACCUAUCAAUAACAUUAUACCCUAAUUUACACCGCGAAGUCAACGACAGAACUGAUGGAGUUGAAUAUGGAAAGAAUACGUGAAACUAUGAGCAGGAUCAAUACCUAAAUCGCAUGUCAUUACACGCCCAUUAACCGUCAGUUUCAACGGGAUUACGCAUAUAUUACCGCUCUGUCACAUUAAAUAUUGU